AACACGAACAACGCAAUUGCUCACAGUCGGGAAUUCCCCAAAAGGUACCGGUUUCCGUAGAGAGCUGUUUUUUGCAUGGGGAUCUUGUCUUCAUUAAACCAAAGACUAAAGCAAGCAUACCUGUAUUUUGUAGAAAUAAAUUGGAAAGACUCAUUGUAAAUAUUGCAUCCACCCCCGAUGAAAAUAGUACAACCGUACGUUGUUUUUCUAAAUGUACCAAACAACUGGUCGUAUUGCAUCCUUUCCAAAAAUGGCAGCAUCUGAUGCAAGUCGUAAUUUGGUGAAAGCAAAACUAAGUGAUGAUGAAGAUGACAGUGGCUGUCAAACAACAUAUCCUUUAGGCUGUGAAGACCCUCAGAGAGACGGGAGUGAUUCAUCGUCUGCGGAGGAGCUAACGUUGACAGAAAAGGCUGUGUCUCCGACAAACGACGGGCACAGGGAUUCCGAAUGUAGACAGACUGGGGCAAUCCCAAAGGUGCACGUUGGUGGAGACCAUGGUAGAACUGGAAGAGUCCCGAUAGCUCAAUGGUCUUCCAGUCCAAGAGAGAACAGCCAAGACCAAAGACGCCCACCGGAGGCUGGUGACAAUGAAGCGAACGUGGGCAGAGGGGGGGACGAAGGACCCACUGUUCCGCCCAUCAUUAGGCCUACCCCUCACUCUUCCUCUGGUUCCGCUGCAGCAUUCGAAAGGUAUGUCACAGAUGAUGGCAUCACCAGUCAACCUGAAGAAGACUGCCAAAUAUCUCUUCCUGAUCUGAAAACUGAUAAUUGGCAGCGAUUGCCACCAACGGUGAGAUCAGGUGAUGAGGAUGAUAUGAUCACCUUUGCCGGACAACUUGUUUCAAAACAGUUUAGCCUAGAAAGAGGACAAGAAGGACUACUCUCCACCAAGAGCGGAUUUGUCCCCAAGAAUGGACAGUUUGGGGUUAAGUGCAUCAAACAGAAUGUAGGAGAGGGUGCGCACAGCAAAGUCCACGUCAUUCAAGACACCACCUCAGGAGCGAUGGCUGCUUUGAAAUGUGUUGAAUGGGGACAUUUUGUGUCCAGCGAGUCUGAUAUUUGGGUUGGCCUCAACCACAGGAACAUUAAUAGCCUGUUUGGUCUGAUAUGUGAUGACAACUCUAUCAUGUUUGCGUCGGAGUAUGACUGUAACUAUGAGACACUUCAGUUGCGCGUAGACCGGAGACCAAUCGGUCAAGGAGAAGCGGUAGUCAUAAUCCAGCAGUUGUUUGCAGCACUGGUGUAUCUGCAUGAGAAGAAAAUAAUUCACAGAGAUGUUUACCCCAGUAACGUCCUUGUGAAGUCUCUCCCUUCGAAUUCAGACCUGCCCGAGUACAUCAAACUGAUUGACUUUGGGACCUCUGUAAAACUGUCUGGCAGGACGCACACUACGAGUGAUUACAGCCCAGAGGGAAACGCAGCAUACAGGGCCCCUGAGAUCGAAAGAGGUGAACCAUAUGAUGGACGUGUUGAUGUCUGGUCUGCCAUAUGCACUUUAAUGUUCCAGCUCAAGGGGCAUGCUCUGUGGAUUGGGAAACGAUACGGGGAUUAUCCAAAUGUGGAUAUACCUAGAUCAACCAAUGGGGAGCUCCGAACGUUCAUCGAAUGGGCACACAAGGUUUCAUUAAACCAAAGGCCAACUUCAAAAGAAGUUUUUGACGCUUGCCCCAUGAGUAUCGUGAAACAACUGUACAGCAUUCCUGCUACUGUGAGUGAACCACCAGCAGCUGAUUAUAAAUCCAACAAAUAUGCUGUCAGUGAGACGAGGCAACCUCCGGAUGACAGCUUAAAUAAUGUGGAUUCACAAACUUCAGAGGAUGGUCUGUCCACUGACGAAGCAGGAGCACUGACGCAUGAUGAAACAGAGAAGAGAGAUACAUGUACAAUCCCCCAUGGUGUCAAAGGUAUAUUUGUGACUGUCCACUACGGGGAUUGUGAACCUGUCAAGAUAAAACUCUCUCCAUCUUCAAAUACUGCCGCAGAUGUGGCUGAGGCACUUUGCAAGCAGAUCCCAACACCCUUUACGCUCAGUCUGAAGAACGGAAGCGCCUUGGAUCGGCAUCACACUUUUGGGCCAGGCAACUAUGACCUGGACGCUGUGACAGCACUGGAUGGCAGGAAUUGGGUUUGGUGUAUUGAUGAACGUGGCAAGGUGACUUCUGUUUGAACAUAUUUAUUCUCUAGAAUGCCUUUUUAGAGAAUUUAGUGCCUAAACUUCAAAGGGGACCCAGGUUGGGGGGGACCAGAAAAAAUGGGGAAUUUAAUGUAACCAACGUAGCCUUUCUGAAGGAUGAGGCCACAUUUGGGACUUUCUUGUACAGUUUUCAAAAGAAAUACUAUUCAAAAAAAUGUUUAGUGUGGUUUUAUAAAAAAAAAAACUAAAAAAAUGCUGGGGGGACACGGCCUCUGUGGUUCCCCUGCCCCAAUCUGCCCUUGCUAGGGUUUUAUACUUUAAUAAGCCUGUUAGAUUGGAACACCAUUUUUGCCAUGGGAUGUAAGAUUACAUGAUCUGCAUUCAUUUACAAAAGUGGGGGAUGCUAUUCCAGGGUCACCCAUUCCUGCUGGCUUGUAAUUUGGCUAGAACUGUGCUUUUUUUUCAUGAUCUGUCUCAAAGGAAACAGCUGCAACUGGACAGUUAUGAACAACUGUGAGGCAAUUCAUUUGAAAGAGAAAUAAACUGGGGUAGGAGGGAUUCAUGAUACAGUGCACCAUGAAACAUUCCCCAUUUCAUAGUCAACAUCCUGCAUACCCCCUGCUUUUGUUUUUCACAACUGCUCUUUCAUAAAUACCCCUUGAUCUUUGUAAGUUGAAUUUAGCAUUAUCCGAUCACACACAAAAUUUCAAAUGUAGAAAACGAUAUGAUGCUUGGAUGUUGACUGUUUCCCCAAAAUGUACCUCAGGGACACUGUAAUGUUAAACUCUCCUACUGAAGUUUCCUCAUUUGUUCAUAUUUUUAUCAAAACUGUGUUUAAUAACAAUCAAUUUGUCCCAAUUUGCCACUGAUUUUUUUAACAAACCAUAGAUGACCACCAACCAUGAAUUCUAUGAACUACUACACCAACGUCUCGACAAUAAUUUUUAAGCUGAAACAGUUACAUGUAUAGGGUUUGCUUCAAGUGCCGUAAGUAGCCAACUUCACAGAAAAAUGUUGUAAAAUGACCUACAACCUCUCCGUUUGAGGCAUUGCGUAAAGCAGAUAAAACUUAGUGAAUUUGGCACAUUGCCAGUUGACUGCAUGGAUGUUAAUACAAGAAUUUUUAGGGUUAUUGAAUUAGACUAGAAUGAAUAUUGCAUGUUGUUGACUUAGUCAGGAAAGUGAUUCUGUAUAAUGUUUUUUAAUGGAGAGUAGGGGUUUGUAAUACUUACAUGCAUCCGCUUCAUAUUUGAUAGAUGUUUUAAAAGAUACUUUGUACUUUUUAUUAAGUAAAAGAAAGGUUCUAUGAAUAUAUGACAAGCCUUUGCUUUGCUCUGUUCAUAUGUCACACAUGAAAAUUUGGGCUGUUUUAUGGAUUUAAGCUUAUCUUACAUUCGCAAGAAAGUUUCUAAUCAAUUUUGUUUUCACCUCCUCUCCAGAUACUAAUGGGUUCAUCUUAGAGUGCAACGGCUGGCGCACUGGAGAAAGAAUGCAGUGCUUUCCCAUCUACAGUUGGUUAUCUCUCCUGAAGCCUGCAUCUUAAGCCCACUCAAAGCCCCCCCCCCUGUGCUGUAAGGUGGACUUUUCCUAGCUUGACCUUCCCAAUUCUCAUAAAGACAAUGAUUUACUCUGCCAUAUUCCAAUCAGAUGAGGACUUGUCCAAGCCUGACCUGCCCAGUUCUCAGAGACAAUGAUUUACUGUGCCCUAUUCCCAUCAGAUGAGGACCUAAAUCAAGUUGUCAGUGCCAAUGACAUUGCUAUUUUACACAGCGCCAUUGAUGCAGAAAGUACUCCUAUGUCUACUUCAGAUAUGGAAGUUUAUGGUCUUAUUAAGAAUCUCCCACAACACAUUAUAAGGAAGUAUCAACUUUUUUCACCGGCAUAGUGUCCAUUUUCAUCAGGACGCUACAGUGAGUAAGCAUUACAACAAAGAGUAGACCAAUACAAACCAAAACAAAAUUACCUAAAUUGGCACAAGGUUCUGUGAGACAUUUGUCUAAUUUUAUUUAAAUUCCAACCUUUGUGAACGUUCAGUUAGAUUUCUGCACAUUAUGAGGCAUAUCUCUCCUUGUAAUACUCAGUAGAUCCAAGCAUGGUGUUGGAUUACGGAGUUGACUAACUUGGUUGCCACAGAAACGUGGAGCCGGGUGGGAAUUUCCCUGUUUUUCCCUGAUGGGUUUUUGCAGGGUUUUCGCCCAUCCCGUAAUCAGCACUGUCAGCCUAAUUUAAUUAUGCAGGGCGCUAAUGGUAAUCAAUUCUUUAACUAUGCAGAUCUACCCAAGAUAAAUAUGUACUCCAAGAUUUUCAGUACACAUGUAUAUAUAUGUAUAUAUAAUAUAAUCUCUCAAAAUGCUGUUUUUUUAUUGAUGUGUGUACAUAUAUGUACAUACUAUUUUUAAGCUUACACAAAGCAAGUCAGUCAAGACAAAAACAACAAACAACAUAUUGUAUAGUUAGAUUUAGUCAUAGAUCUAGUGUAUAUAGAUUUCAAUGUCGGGUCAUUCUGUGACAUGAAACCAAUGAAAGUUCUUGAGCUACUGUGUUCCUCAAUGGACUCUCAAGUAAUCAUCAAAUUGUUAGCUAGAUGUUCAUUUUUGCCGCAAUUUUCUUUCUUUGCUCUACCUGUACACACAAUUCAAAGUUUGUGGAUGUAUCAAUAGCCUUAGUUGGUAGAUAUUUGGUGACAGUAGAGAACAUCCGAGUUCCUAGAGAAAUAAAUAUUUCAGUAUGUAGUAGUCUCUCUGCAUUUCUUCUGUAAAUGAAGAUUAUUGUAGUAAUAUCAUGUAAAUAAGACCAGUGCUUCAUAAUUACCGGAACAAAUGUUUGUCACAUUUUGUAAAUACAUAUUUCUAAAGGUUUGUAAAUAUUCACCGUUUUACAUCAAUUAAUUGGUCUGCCAUUGGACAGCAAAAUGUUGUUACUGUUAAAUGCUGUUUAAACAUUUUACUAAGAAAUAGUGUCUAUAUUGUACAAAAGACUGGUUUUAUUUUUGUAUUUAUGGCUGUAUCCUUACAAAAUGUGAUCAAGUUUGUAAAUAUAUGUACAGCCACAGUUUGUAAAUAUUUGUUUUUUUUGUUUUGGUUUGGUUUUUUUGCCAGUUGGUGAUGGAAACAACUGACAGCUAGGUCUCUACGUCUAGUGACUUUCUCUAAUUUCAGACACUGUACAGAUUAAAGCACAUGUAGUAUCUAUUUUAUUGUCACGGUAAAUACAGAUGUAUUUUUGUAAUAUAUUUUACCAGAAGACUGUAUCCAAACAAGUUUGUAAAUACAUGUAUAGCUACAGUUGAUAUAUAUUUGCUGUUUCUUACCAAAUUAUUUGCCCUUUGGUGCUGAAAGCAACUGACAGCCAGGUCUGUAGGUCUAAUCACUUUCGCUAAUUACAGACACUGUAAAAAGUAAUGUAUUUGUUUCCACUGUAAAUACAGACCUAUAGAGUUUUAUAUUAUUUUGUACAGAAGACCAUGUGCUUUGUGAUUCUGUCCAGGCAAAAUGUGUUAAACUUUGUAAAUGAAUGUAGGCCUACAGCUACAGUUUGUAAAUAUCUAUAAUUUGACAUCUUACAAAACGGUUUACCACUGGACGAAUUCUAUACAUAGGAUAUUGUACAAAAUAAUAGUGUCAAUUGGGAUUAUAAAUCUGCAUUUAUUUGUACUGUAAAUAAAAUCAACUGUAUAUAUGUGUAUACUGUACAAAA